CACCACCAGCCGCUCCGAUGGCCUUCAAUAGACCGACGCCGUGAAGAUGUCAGCCAUGGAGGGGUCUGGCUGUAGCAAGCUCUUUUCCUUCCCAGAAGACCAACUGCACCUGCAUGACGCUGCCUUGGAUUUGAUCCGAGCAGCCAGCAACUUGCAGAUCGUUGCCAUCAUGGGCGAUGGACGGGCAGGAAAGAGUCACCUGGGCAAUGAGAUUCUAGGGCAACAAGCCUUCAAGACAUCGAAUGGUGGUGAUGCUAUGACUCAUGGUGUGGACAUAGCGCUGCAAGGCAACAAACUGCUGAUGGAUUGCGAGGGUCUAAACAAUGCCUUGGCACCCAGCCGUGCCCAGGUCUUGCAGAUUGGAGCGGCAUUGGCUUCAACUCUGAUUUUCGUUUUGGACGGGAAGCUCUCAGAAGCAGGCCUUGACAUGCUGUCAGGGGUUAUUGCUCAAAUGCAGCUGCAUCACAAGCGCUUGCCCACCCGGCUGCUGCUGGUUGUCAACAAGUGUCUCCUGGACUACGAGCCACGUGACCUGGAAACAGCUUUGGAAUCAACGCACGGGAAUCGCGGCAGCCGGGAAGCCAUUGCGCGUGCAUUUUCCCAGCGGGAUUUUGUGGUCGUCCCCUUUGAAGAGUUCAAAAAAGGCGGCUACCAGCAAGCCGUCAAUGAAUUGAACAGACUUACGGCGCAGGAUACUCUGAAGGUUGAUGGGCCUCAGCUGAGUGAAACGAUCCGCUCACUGGCGGUCCAACUGAGGGACUCCAUAUGUGACAUGCCCAGCCUUCAUCAGCAGAUCAUGGAGAGAUUUUUGCAGACCCAAGCCGAUGCGGUCUUGCAGAAUUUCAGUGAAUCCUUGGGCCCAAAGCCGGUGGAAUAUGACCCAGAGUUCAACAUUGACAUCUCUGGGAGCUUGAAGAGCUUUGAGGACAUUGUCCAGAACUUGUCUUUAGGGGAGGUGGCAGAACCACUGGCCAAAAGACUCCGUACCAACUUGGAGGCUUCAGCUGGGGAAUGGCGACGUUCCAACGAAGCUUUGGGCGAUAGUAUCGCCAACUGGCGGGAAGUGCUGCGUCGAGGCUGUCACCUUUUGGCUUCCAAGAGGAUUGGUGCGAGAAUUGUGGUGCAGCGCAAGCAGGAUCUCAGCCCGUUUUUGGCUUCGUCCAAUGUGAUUCGCUUGGACCCGCCAGUGCCUCUUUCAGUGCGUUGGAUGUGGCACCAUUUCCAUCCGCAUCUCAACCGAGAGAGUCACGACUUCGCGGCAGUUGUGAGGGAUGGGCUGGUCGUUGCAGUGAGGGUGGCCGCCCCUGCAUUACCAGCUGGAAUCCAACCUCCACGCGGCAAUGCCCGGCACAGGGGGGCCUUGAGUGUGAGCCUUCGUUCUGACGCUUGGGUUGCCGUGGUUUCGGAGGAACGUGGGGAGACCAGUGUGGCAUGCGCAGGGGAGCUCUGGGAUGCCGGGAGCAGUUUCCCCAAUGAUCAGAACUAUGAAGCGCAGGAGCAGCAGCGCAGGAACAUCCUGAUGGGAUUGAAGUUGCUGUGGGAGAGUCGCAGAAUCAGUUCCUGGGCCCGUGGACGUGUUCAUUCUUUGAAGGAGCUAUGGGUGUGGGAUGGAAAGGCUAAGGAUGAGCAAUCUGGGCUGGAGGCAGAAUCCAGGCACCACAAAUCAAAGGAUGGUGCGAAAAGCCACGCGGAGCAGAAACUUCGAUCUGCACUCCAAGGGCAAGGAAUCAUUUGGGACUUCCCUCCUUCGGCCCUUUGAUUCAAAGGGAUCGAUUGGUGGAUGUAUAUGUUCAGUGCAGAGAUGUGCAUGCGACAGAUGUGCAUCUGACAGCACAUUCGACUUUAGCAACAGAUUUUAGAAAAGCACAG